GCAGUUGUACAACCUCCAACUGCACUAAAUAGCCCCGCCCCUAUUAUCCCAUUUCCCUUCUCCUCCUUCAACCAUAAACUCUGUCUCCUUCCCUCUAUCUAUCUAUCUAUAAACCCAACCCAACCCAAUCAAUCUUCAUCUCUCUCUCUCUCUCUCUCUCUCUCUCUCUGAAGCGAAGGCUCUCCCUCCACACCCCUUCCUUGUGAAUAUUUUGUGCGGAGGACAAUGAGUCCCAUGGAAGGAGGAGCUCUUGCCAAGAAGAGAAAACCAACAACAACAAUGGAUCAUCAAACCUCCUCCUCCUCGGCAUCAGUUGAUAAUAAUUAUUUUAAUGUUUCUCAUAAUCAUGUCACCGACAACAAGAAGAAUAAGAAGAAGAAGAAGAAGAAGAAGAGAAACAAGGCCAAACCCAAACGGUACAGCUUGAUGUCGUAUUGGGAGUUGCCGGAGUACAUGAAAGACAAUGAGUUCAUACUCAAUUACUACAGAGCCAAUUGGCCUCUCCCUCAAGCUCUCUUUAGCGUUUUCCGUUGGCAUAACGAAACUCUCAACGUUUGGACGCAUUUGAUUGGAUUUGUUCUGUUUUUGGGUUUGACUAUGGUGAAUUUGUUGCGAGUGCCUCAGGUAGCGGAUCUCCUCGGCUUUUUUGCCAGGUCCACCCCUAUUAGUGCAGUUACAAAUGUUUCCCGUAAUUUCAUUUCGCAGGGGAUCAUGACAACAAAUCUUAUUGAAUUGAAGCAAAUGACAUCUCAGGAAAUGGAAAUUGCAGCAGCUGGUCAUGAAAUGAGUGGCGUGGCAUAUUGGCCUUUUUAUGUGUUCCUAGGAGGCUCUAUGUUCUGCCUUUUCUCGAGCAGCAUUUGUCACCUCUUUUCAUGUCACUCUCACCCCUUGAACCUCCUGCUGCUGCGCAUCGAUUAUGCCGGCAUCACCAUGAUGAUCAUCACCUCAUUUUUCCCUCCAAUUUACUACAUCUUCCAAUGUGACCCGCGCUGGCAAUUCAUCUACCUUGGUGGCAUCACAAUCAUGGGGGUUUUCACCAUCAUAACACUGCUCUCUCCCAAGCUUUCAAGCGGCAAAUUUCGCACGUUUCGAGCCUUGCUGUUUGCAUCCAUGGGGUUGUUUGGGAUUGUGCCUGCAGUCCAUGCCAGCAUUGUGAACUGGGGGAACCCGCGGCGCAACGCCACUCUAGUUUAUGAGGCUGCCAUGGCAUUUUUCUAUUUGACAGGGACUGGAUUUUAUAUCACUCGGAUUCCAGAGAGAUGGAGGCCCGGAUGGUUUGACAUAGCAGGGCACAGCCAUCAGAUUUUUCAUGUUUUGGUGGUGUUGGGUGCCUUGGCGCAUUAUGCUGCCAUUCUUGUAAUGCUAGACUGGCGAAACACUUUUGGCUGUGACAAUAACAACGCUACGUGAUAUAACUGAGCAAAAGCUUCAAUUUUCUUUUCGGAUAAUUUUUUUGCGGUAGGUUGAUCAGCUUGAGCCUGUGCUUUAUUUAUAUUGACGGGUAGGGGGAUUAUGUUGAUUUUGUAAUGAGUAAGAGAGAGCUUGGCCUCGGAAGAGAAUUAGAGGCUGUCAUUUUAUAUUUGUUUUUAGAAGAAUUCCAGGAUAAGGAAAAUAGGUUCAAAUUUGUUUUCUAUUAUUUUAUUUAUUUAUUAAAAAAAUUAUCGCAA